GUAUUUAUGCCUCUUUUACAUAGAAGCGUAUGUAUCAAAGACUAUAUUCUAAACCUUCAUUGCUUAGACAUAUUUGACAAGGAAUUUUUGUACAGACUAUAUAAUUAUAUCGACUCAAGUAAGGAUAUCCUUCCCAUUCACACCAUCAUUCCAAUGCUUGCAUCAAUCGUGAUGAAGUGCAAUAGAUCUUUCAUUCUUGUUUAAUUAUCUCAAUCAUUCACAAUGCCUUAGUAUCUAUAUAUUUAUAAUAAUAAACCUUAACCCCCCCAAAAAAGCGUAUUAAUCGAACAGUCUAAUCGGGGGGAAUUAAAAUGUGAAGAAAUCAGGCGAAUCGGACGUGCCUGACGUAUGUAAACAGUCUCUCCACAACACGAGAACGUAUUGUUGCCAAAAACGUUUCUCUCAUAUUUACCUUGUUUACUGCCACUGAGUUAUCAUGGGGUGGUGGUGGUGCUGCUGGAGGAGGACCAGUGAGGCUUCCGAAGAGGACCAAAGGGAGCCGCUGGCUGUUCCCUCCCCCACUGAAACCAGCCAUGAAGAGAGCCCGGAAGUUGAAGUUGACAGGGAUAUGGGUCAGACAGUCAGCCAGAUCGGGAACAAACUCUUCCCCUCGAAGGAAUCUCCCCCAAAAGCAGAGGCUACUGUAGUAGUUGAAGUCGACGAAACUGAUUCAGCUGCCUUUCCCAGAAGCCCAGUGUCAUCCUCCCCGAAAUACCCCCUUGCCACACCCCGCCAACCGCUCCGGCAAACCUCCAUAACACGAAAAUCCUCAGAAGCCUCGAUCUCAGAAACCCCGGCUAAGAGGUUUAAGGGUGACACGACAUACUUGAACUUUCCCUUCUUGUUGGAUGAGAAAACCAUUGAUUAUGUUCAGAACAAUAAAGUUAUGUUUAUCAUGAAGGGCUUGCCAGGAUCAGGCAAAUCCACCAUUGUCAAAGCUAUUCAGGAGGUUUACAAGGACUCAGUCGUGUGCUCGGCAGAUUUUUACUUCAUGAGAAGCGGAAAGUACAAAUUCCGACCAGAUAAGCUCAAGGACGCACACCAGGCUUGUCAGAACAAAGCCACAGCUUCGGCAAGUAGAGGAAUGAACGUCAUAAUCAUCGACAACACAAAUGUCCGCAACUGGGAGAUGAAAUUCUACUUGACCCUGGCCAGGGAAUACCAUUAUGUGCCUGUGAUAGUGGAACCGCAGACUCCGUGGUGUAGGGAUGCCCACGAGCUGGCCAGGAGGAAUUCUCAUGGGGUGGACGAGAGCAUCAUUGAGCAAAAGGUCAAGGGUUACCAAGAAGUUCUUCCUCUGUACUUUGGUUGGUUCUUUAAUGAAACAGAUUCAAUCUCUGUUUUGAAAAUCUCAAAUGAAUGGCUAAAACACUGCCUGCAAGUUCAAGAUUUCUUCACAGAGUUCUCGGCAGAAACGGGAUUGUCAUCGAUAGAAGGACUCCUGAAUUACUUUAACCGAUCUUCCUUUGUUGAUGGGGGAGCCACCUUACAUGCAACAGCAAUGUUUACAGCAAGAGGAAAGGCAGAAAAUGCAAUGGAAUAUAUAAAUAACCCUAUAGUAAAAACUGCACAAGGCAAAGCCUUUUCUGUCGACAUCAUUGGCUAUGUGAUCACACCAUUCACCAUAGGAGCCAGAGUCAAACUGGCACCCAGCAUGCUCCAGUUGUGGGGAAAUGAUGACGAGGAAGCCAUGCCUGAGAAUUUGGCCAGUAACGAAGCCAAAAAGACACACAAGCAGCACCGAGAUUCUGAAAAGCUGGAUGCAAACGAGAACUCUGAUAGCGUGGGUGACCUGAGUGUCUUGAUCUCAGAGAGCUGCCAGAACACUGUGAUUGCUGUUCCUCAGGAUCAGACAGACAGGUUCUGUCCAUCUGUGGGGAAGGGAAGCCGUGCACACAUUACUCUAGGCUGUGCACCAGGAGUGAAACCCGUGAGAACAGGAUUUGACAUGAUAAGUGCAGUAGCAUUUGAACGUAAGGCUAAGGAGAGGGGGGAAUUUGGAGUAUCCAAUCCCAGUGAGAAGAGUUUCAUUGUGCCAGGCGGUGUGCUCAGAACUUACGGAGAAUGUUGUUGGAUUAUUUACCCAGAAAACAAGUUGGUUGUGAGUGCCCUAUUUUCAUCAUACACUUAGAAAUGAAGGCAGUGCAGGUUCUUCGGAAAAAAAGCUUUACCUGUGAUGUUUUUUACUUUAUUUUGUACAAAUUAAUUUGUACUGAAUAUAGAAUUUACGCCUGCAAACACACAAGUAUAUUCAUUCAUUUGUAUAUGCAUAAAACUGAAGUAAUAAGAAAUGUAGAUAUGAUGAAAUGGUUAUAUAUAAUUAUUUAUAUAGCUCUACCAGUUUUGCUGUUUUUAUAUAUAGCGAUGUAUUAUUUUA